AUGCCCUCCCUCGAGCGCGGCCGUGCAAAGUCGUUCGUCGACGCCGUGCUAGCCGCGGCCGACGACGACUCCGCCGCUGCCGCCGCUCCUGCCCGCGCCGCUGCCACCGCUCCCACCGCCGCCGCCGCCGCCUCUGCUGCGCUAUUCGCUCUCACGUCGCCCCUUAGGGUGACGACGCUAUCCCCGCCGCCACCCGUGACGCCCGGCCCCUCGGCCCCCGCCUCCGUCUCCGCUACCCCCUGCAGGCCGGCGCCGCCCGGCCCCUAUAUGCGUUGUGCGUCGCAGGAGCUCGACUGCUCCGACUAG